GGCUUCAAGCGCUACAGCGGCCUCUGGAGCGGGGUGACGUGUGGGUGGCACUGCGGUUGAAGCACGACUGCGCACACGACAUCGCGGUGGGCGUGGCGAAGCUCAAGGAGCAGAUGAGCAACCCCAUGUUCGUGACCAAGGGCGGCGUUGGCUACGGCGUGGAUGAGACUCAGAAGGUGGAGGACGACGGCAAGGGCUGGGUGUGGCUGGCGGCCGAGAUGAGCCCAGGUGGCCUGGCCGUGGAGCUGUUCAAGUCGGUGCCAUACGGGAAGCGCGCGAUCCUGGUGGCAAAGCAAUCCAACGUGGAUGAGCUCUUCCAGAAGGUUGGCCAUCACGAGAAGGGGGCCAAAUGGGUAGCUCAACAACUAGCUAGCCUAGCUGUGCUUCCAGGGUUGCUGCGGAUGUGCUUGCGUGAGAGCGCGCGCGCGCGACACAUCGCGGCGGAUCGACAGGUGAAUUGGGAUACGGCCUUGGGCAACAUCGAGAAGACCUUCGGAGGACCCCAGAUCAAGCAGCGCUGA